AUGUCUGCUUCAACUUCAACUUCAACGAACCCUACUACUAAAAUUCCUCCGUUCAUCUUCAAGAAUUUGCAAAUAGUUGGGAACGAGAUGGAAUUCUCAGAAUCUCUGUUAACUCUGCUUCCUGAGAAGAUGGUCGAUUUCGAGAGCUUGAAGGCAAACGGAUUUGAUGUGAAACCCUAUUUCACUUCUCAAGGUUGGGACAAGUACUUUGAGAUGUUGAAUGAUCCUAUUUACCCAGAUCUUUUGAAGCAUUUCUGGAUGAAAGCUAAAGUCUUUACCAAGGUUGAAGCUAAGCAAGAGGAAUAUCUAGCUAUUGAAAGGGAUCCUAGUCUGAAAGGAAAAACUAGGAAGGAGAUGGGUCUUUUGGAAUUCACUAGUACACAGAUUAGGUCUAACAUCUGUGGUAUCAAUCUCACCUUCUCUAAGAUUCACUUUAAUGCUCUACUAGGUUUGGAAAAAUCUGGUUUGAUUUUAGAUGUUUUUGAGAAGGACACUACUUUUAGGAAGGAUUUGCUGCAUCGGAUGUGUGUGGAUAUGCAGCUUAAAGGUAAAGUCAAGGGAAUGACUGAUGAGUGUAGGGUGCUUUUUAAGAUAAUCAUAUCAUCUAUCUGUCCAAGAGUAGGUGGUACUGAUACAAUCUCUUGGCCUCAUCGUCAUCUCAUCUACUUCCUUCUGACUGAAAAGAAAGUGAAUCUGGGUGAUUACUUUUUUGAAAGGAUUUGUGAAGCUAUCUACUGCAGCAAGUCUCAGAGGAGAACAACCAUUGUUCAUCCUAGGUUGCUGUCUGACUUACUCUUUCAAGGAGGUAUCAUUACGAAUCUGCAGAAGUUCUACCCAGAACUUGUUACUAAGAAGGUUUUGCCAGAAGUUUUGUCUGCUAGCUUUCUCACCAAGAUGCAUCUCAUCAAUUCCAAGGUGGUUCAACCUUCACAAGAGUUUGAAGUACGUUUGGAAGAUCGAAUGUAUGUAGAUGGUUAUCCUUUGAUCUCUGAAUUGGAUGCUGAGGAAGUCAUUCAGGAUUACUUGAAGGGACUACAGGCUGAAGGAUUUGCUGUUACCCGGGAAAUGGUUCCAAAAGCUCCUGAGAACAUGUAUAAUCCUAGACAAAGGAAGUCUAAGAGGAAAGCUGAUACUCAAGAAGUUAAAGUUCAGCCAGAUCUUCUUGCUCAGAAGCAAAUCAAGGUUGAACAAUCCGUGGCUAAGCAAAGGACAAAGAAGAAGCAUGAAGCACCUUCUGAAAAGGUUGCUGAGGAAUCUUCUAGGGCUCCUAAGAGAAAAAUGGUGCUGAAUGAUGAUGAAGAUGAUUCAGAAGAGACUCGUUCUGAUGAAGAGACUCUUGCUGAUAGGCUGAAGAAGAAACCAGUUCCUGCUUCCAAAGGUAAGACUCCUAAGUAUGUCUUUAAUGAAGCUGAAAUUGGAAUAGGUUAUACCAAACCCCUUAGAACUAUCCAUCCUAACGCCAUAAACAUUUCAUCUUUUGACAAUUCAGAAGAACUUGCUUGUUCUUCUGAUAAAUCUCAACAGAAGGAUAAACAAGUUCCUUCUGACAACCCUUUUUCUGAACUAGAAAAACACUUGAGCCCUGAUUCUUUGAACAAUCAUUCUUUUACUCAUGAAACCACCAAGCCCACAUCACCUCCCAAACCAAAAUCACCACCAACUCAACCACAACAAGAGACUUCUACCAAACCAUCAUCUGAACCUCAACCAGAUAUCACUCCUGCACCCAUUAACUCUCCCACCAAACAAACCUCUCCUAGAAAAUCUCCUGAACCAACUUCUGAACCCACAUCAUCUGAACAAGCUCCUGACCAUAACCCUAACCCAGGUGCUGAACAUGUAUCUCCUGAACGUGUUCACACUUGUGCUCCCUGUCCUUCAGAAGCAGAUGUUGUUAUUAUUACCAACCCUGCUCCUGAAUCACCCAAACACUCCACAAUUCCCUAUAUCUCUCCAACAUCAUCAUUUGACCCUUUUGGUAACCUAUCCAAUCGGCUUUAUGAUGAUCUUCUUAGGUUGUCUAAUAUCAAGAACAUGUUCUUGAUCUGUCCUUUUGAUGUGGAUGUAGAGGUCUCUGCUAUCAAGGUCAGGAUCUGUAAUUCUCUGGAUUCAGUUGGUGAGGAAUUAAAGGCUGUGAUUGGUAAGAGGGAUUUGGAGGUCGCCAAUCUGAUGAGGGAAGCUCUGGCAAGGGUUAGUUUGAAGAGGUUAACCUUGUUCAACCAUGAAGAGGCUGAGAAUGCUAAAGUUGCAGCUAUAUUGGCAAAGGAAACUGCUGAUAAUAUGUUAUUCAAUGUCUUCAAAAAUUGCUGGGUGGACUCCAAGUUGUUCAAGAGUUUAGAAGAUCAGAAGAUUGAGGCUGAAAGGAUUGCUCAAGAGGCUGUGGUGCUGAAUCAACAAGAAGUUCUUAUGCUUGACUUCUCAGAGGAUGGUGGAUCUUCCUCUAAUAAAGGAAAGGCUCCUUUGGAAGCAGAUGUGGAUCAACUGAGUGUCUUGCAGCAGGCUAUUGAAAGACAGCGUUCUGAUCACCAAGUUCUUGAAACCAAGGUGGAUAAGCUGGACUCCAAAGUGGACGCUCUGAAUGACAAAUUUGAUACCAUCAUCGCUUUUCUUAAGAAACCCUAG